UGAGGGGAGGCAUCGUGUCGCUGGCGGGGGCUCGUCGGUGUCAACUGUCUUUUAAACGUUUGUUUGCUAGUUGGCUAGCAACAGCGAUAUCGUGCAGUUCCUUGAUAACUCGAACACAGGUAGCGGGACGUACACACGUGUGAUGUCAACAAUAAAAGCAGAUGUAAACAUGGUGAUGGUUGUUAAUCCCACUUUCAUGAAUUAUGUCCACUAUGUUUGGCUGAAAAAACAUGGCAGGUAUCCAUCCACCGGUUUCAUGACUGUUGUUCUGGCUCUUCAUAUCUGUCACCAGAUCCAUUCUCAUCACACCCUGUGUGAGGCUCAGAGCAGAGACACAGCAGCUCAGAGAGCAGAGGAAAUGGCAAAGCUGCACAACCCAACAGUGGGACUACUGCUGACUGUGCUGCUGCUACUGCAAGGUUCCAGAGGAGACUCUAUCACUGUGUUCUCCGGUGCUGGAGGUGCUGCCACUCUGUCCUGUGAGAAUGUGAUCUCACAUUACCCAGACUGCUCAUCAACUGUGUGGAUCUACAGCAGGAACACAGAGACUACUGUUAGAGUAGUCCAUCUUGGGAAGAUCAGACCAGACUACACACCCAGAGCUGAGAGACUGCGUCUGCUCUCUGACUGUUCUCUCCACAUCACUGAUGUCACCACUGAGGAUGCUGGAGUCUACACCUGUCGGCAGUACCAAAGUGAUGGAUCUCAAUAUGGACCUGAUACUCCAGUUUAUCUCUCUGUUCUUGCCAUUCACCCAGAAGUGACUGAGCGAGAGACUGGGAGUGAUGUGACCCUCAACUGCUCCCUGCACACCUAUGGAGACGAUGAAGACUGUUGGAGUUUACCUGGUCAUGAAAAUGUCCGUCUGAGCUGGGUGGAUGAGGAAGGGGCUGAACUGCAGAACACCAACAGCCUCCAGAUCAGUGGAGAUCGCCGCUGUUCCAUCAGACUGACCACUCCAAACCCCACUCACACUCAGAGCACAUGGAGAUGCCAGCUGACAGCAGGAGGGCACGUUCACACAGUCAGAGUGACAGUGAACCCAACUACAACUCCAGUGGUGACGAGAGGACCUGCACCACCAACACCACUAGCACCACCACCACAACCAGCACCUACUCCACCACCACACCACCACCAACACCAACACCACCAACACCACAACCAGCACCUACUCCACCACCAACACCAACACCACUAA